AUGAGGGCUUGCACGCUCUUCUCCCGCCUCCACCCGCGACCCGCCACGUGUCUAUCUGCCGUUCGUCGCCACGUGAGCAGCGCGCCAAUGGGGUUUGUCCCCGCCACGUGUGAAUCAAAAGUGCAGUUCGUGGAGCUGCAGGGGCAGGGGCUGGCGGAGCGCAAGGCCGCCAUCCAUGAUCUACGAGUGGUGCCUCUGGAGGGGCCUUCACGCUACAUCCGACCACGGAGCAUUCGAUACAAGCAGCAUGGCAAGGACCGUCGAUGGGACAUGGUGCAAUCGCAUCCGUCCGUUGCAGUGCUGCUCUUUCACACAGAGCUGCAGCUGCUGCUCAUGGUGAGGCAGUUCCGCCCCACAGUGCUCGCUGCAGCAGCAGCAGCGGCAGCAGAGGCGGAGGCAGAGGGGGGAGAGGAGGGCGUGGAGCUCACAGGGGACCUUGAGACUGCCUUUACCUACGAGCUGUGUGCAGGUAAGAGUGGUGCAGGUAGAGGGGAGUGGGGAGGGUGUGAAGCUCACGGGGGACGAGACUGCCUUCACAUACGAGCUGUGUGCGGUGCUCUCCCCUCCACUCACUGCCAUCACUUGCUGCUCUCUCCUCUCCCCGCUGCUCCCCCCCUUUCCCCCCGCUGUGCAGGCCUGGUGGACAAGGCAGGGAAGGACCUCAGGCAGAUCGCCAAGGAGGAGGUAUUAGAGGAGACGGGAUACGACGUGCCUCUGGAGUCACUGCAGCUGGUGACGGCUGCUCUCACGUCUGUGGGCAUAUCUGGAGCCAGGCAAACCAUGUUCUAUGCAGAGGUGAACGAGGCGCAGAGAACUCACGCUGGGGGAGGCAAGGAGGAGGAGGGCGAGGCUAUAGACGUGGUGGGUUUACCGCUGGCCCAGCUGGACGCCUUCAUUGCUGACGUGGACCUCCCCAAGAGCCCUGGUGGGCUCUUUGGGGUCGCGUGGUUCAAAGCUACAGUGCUGCCCACUUUACAAGGCUGA